CGCUUGUGUUCAAGCGCGUGACGGAUCCACCCGAUAGAUAGAUAUCAAUAUCUACGCAGGCAGUGUCCUUAUUAUUAUAACAGCCCGGCCCUCACGAGUCACGACCCUGGCCCCCCCGCCCUCCCCCACUUCCUCAUCCUACAUCGAAACCCUAUGGCACAGCUUGGGAACAUCGACACUCAGAGAUACGAUUUGUUUUCAGCAAUGUAUGGCGGAUACACGGGAAACUCGGGGCUACCCCAGCCGGUGGUGUUGACGUCCACUUUCUGGGACGACGAGAAGAUCGCCACAACAGUAACACACGGUUACAUCCGUCGGCAGAUACCCGACUCCUCCCUACGGAAACGACUGGAUGACCAGUUGAAAUUUGGCGAAGGAUUGACCGAAUGCACCUACGGAGAGUGGAUCGUCAAGAAGACGAAGAAACUGUUCUUGUUACUUGGAGAAAUCGGCUGUCCGGAGAAGAUCUUCGACCUGAUCGAUGGGUCCUGGGAUGACGACGAUCUGCCGCUUUCUCAGGAGAGUCUAGCACAGCUAACACUGGGACCCGGGAUGGAAAAAAAGUUCUCCAAGAAACAGCAGUUGUUUAUGGUCCGGGACCUCGAGCCGGGAACGCAUGUGGAUUACAGCGAGGACGAGAUUGUCCCCUUGGAAGUCAUCUUCAACCGCAUCCCAGCUGCGAGGUCGCAGUCGGCAAUCGAAAAGGUUUACCUCCCACGGCGGCGAGACAUCUACUACUCCCGGCGGCGAGUACCCAUCGCUGAGGAAGCAUCCUCCACUCACAUCUCGAUCGAGGCAUUCAUGGACGAGAUCCGAGCCAUGAGUUCCAUAACACAUCCUCACAUCGGCGCCAUCUAUGCAACCUACACCCAGCACGACCUUGGCUACAUCAUCCUCUCUCCGACGGUCGACCAGAGCCUUAAAGCGUUUAUUCAGUACCCUCCGAGCACGUACAAGUCGCUUUCCAAAGACCGCCGGAAACUGCUUCUGAUUGACUGGAUGCACUGCCUCUCGGAAGCCCUUGCCUACCUUCACGAAGAAGGGCUUGCCCACGGGGACAUCAAACCUUCCGGGAUCAUUGUCGACGGUUCAAACAAGAUCUAUCUUGCCGAUAUCGGCAAUUCCAAGUCGUUCGAUCCUAAAGCUUCCCAGGCCGUCACGGACGUUGAACGCUACGAGUAUGGCGCGCCCGAGCUCUGGAAGCGGAAGAUGUCAUGCCACGAAACAACACAGUCCCAAGGUGUUACCAUCUCCGGGAGGAAUCGAGUGCGUUACCGUCCAACCGACCGCCGUCCAUCCGAUUCGUCGCAGGAAUCGCCGCCCUCCUCCCCGGUCUUCGAGAAAUCGGUUCACGUCGGAACAUGGAGGAGCCCCACAAAAGUCGACUACUGGAACAGCGACGUAUUCUCUCUGGCAUGCAUCCACGUUGAAAUCCUCACAUUUUAUAUCAAGCGCAAGAGCUCGGCCUUUGCCUCGCACCGCUCGUGCAAGAACCGACGACCCAGGGAAUCGGCGCCUCCGGAUGCGAGUUUCCACGCCAACAUGGGCCAGGUCGACAGCUGGCUCGACAGCAUCGAGAAGCGGGCGAAAGACAAACACGACAACGUGCUCCUGGGCUGUCUCAACGUCUGCCGGGAUAUGCUACAGCGGGAUCCCGUACUUAGGCCCACUGCGCGGCGCAUCGAGAAGGAAUUGUACAAGCUCGUGCUGGGGAUAACCGACGAGGAACUCCCGCAUUGCGGCAUGCACACCGUCGUCGUGGAGGGCGAAGAGAACUUUCCGGGAUGGACAGAGGAAUAUUUCGGACAGAGCUCGCCUGUGAGCGAGGACGCUUUGGGCUUGAGCUUUGCGGAGGUGAAGCCUGGGAGCUUGGAGGAGAAGCUGCGGAAGCUUAGCUAUUCAAGUGGCUUGAAGAGUAAGAGGAGUACUGGGAGUGGUUCGAGGCGGUUCAGCAUUACCUCCUCAUCCCACUGAUUAGAUACUGUUGUUGGGCAUUGUGUUUUGUUUCGGUGGGUGGGCUUAGCAGAUUGGGGGAGCUUUGGAGUAAAUGUUUUUCUUCUUUCUUUCCCCGGCAGGGAUAUUUUUUCGCAUCUACUUAUUUUCUACAUCUUGCUUCUACAGCGGCGAGAGGUUUCUUUUGUACAUGGAGCGUUCGGAAUGGGGUCAUCUGUAGGGGUGUCUGGAGUACUUUGUUUUCUAUAUAGUUGUAGCUAAGAAUGGUUAGAAUGUCUUCACAAUCGAUCACUUUGGCCAAGACCAACUAUGACGUUACCCCGCUGUUGAAACUCCGA